AUGUGGAACCUCCUUUGCUUCCUCACGUGUUUGGUCGUCGUAGCUGUCGGUGUUUCCGCCGUCGAUACGUGCCCCGAGAACAAUCGCCAAUACAGCAUUGCACCCGGGGGCACGCGGUAUGGGCGCAUUAGUAGUCCGAGCGGUGCGGCUUGCAAAGGCGCGUCACUUGAGGUGCUGUCACCGCCCGCCUCGCCAAGCCUUCUUCUACUGGUGGGUGGGUGGAACUACCUCUUCGGCGCCGUGGUCGAUGCCCCGCUGCCUGCUGCGGUGGAAUUUGCGCUCAGCGCCCGCUGCGACGGCGUCGAGGUUUGUCGCGCGAGCCUUCGUUAUGAGGUCGACGCAAACGCGUCGAGUGAUGAUUCAGCAACGCCCGACGAUCCCUCGACCACAACCACAACCACGACCACGACGAUCGCGCCGAAGUUCCCGCCGUGCGCUGCAUCUCGGGGGGAACUUCAACUGCGGAUGUUGCCAGGUAGAACGAACGUUGCAAGGUUACCGACAAGCGCCGUACAAAUGGUUUGCCCUGGUGGCUUACGGGCGUCAAUCACGCAGCCCGAAAUCGGCUCUGCUGCGGUGCUGAGCCCGAAUUCCCUACAAUUUAUCUACGCCUCUCCGCAGGACGACAUUGAGGCGAACGUCACUCUCCCUUAUGAAGUGAAGUGUGACGAGAAUGUGGUUUGCGCGGGGGUGAUGCAAAUUUGGCUCCACGAAACGGUUUCCCAGUGCCCCAAAAAUCACCUGGUGUACGAUGUAAAGCCAGGGGCACAGCUGAAUGCGACCCUUGCCACGGGUGCCGCGUGUGAUGGCGUGCUGCGUGCACGCCUCCGAACUCAGGCUCUGGCACACACCUUCAAGUUUUACGAUGGGGUAUCCUUCACAUUUAAUGCGCCCAGUAAGGAAGAAGAUGUGACCCUGGACGCCCGUUUGUAUUGUGACGAUGAAGCUCUCUGUGAUGUGACGUUUGCCGUUGUCGUCACGAAUCAACCACGACCGAGCUCUACAGAAGCCCCAGCUCCGGCUCCGACAGCCGCUCCUGUUGUCAUGUGUAAGGAGCAGUUUAAUUUUACUGUACCAGUAGCAACUGAGCUUCGAGGCAACUUACACGUAGAUGUGGCGGGAUGUAGUUUUGUGACGUAUCAUCAGCCUCUUUAUAGCUCCUGUGAGAAUCUACAGUUAAAUAUUAUCGGCGACUUCCUCUACUCGGCUCCAGCGAAAGAAGGUAUUGAUAAACUUCCUGUUGAUGUUUCAUGCAUAAAAGACUUUCGAUGCCGCACGCACAUUAUGAUUACCUCGUACAUUGAUUUGACUCCUACGCAGUCACCCACCACUCCACCAAUCACAACAGCCGCGCCUGUCCUUGCGUGUGCUAACGUAUACUACUACCAGACAGUGCCUGGCGCUGCUCUCAGUGACUCCCUUAACGGCGUGCCAGGUCAAGAUCCAUGUGCAUAUGGGCGUUAUUUUUCCAUGAUAUAUCCACCUGACGCGGGAACGCUGGAGCUAACUCAUAGUGGUGACUUUCUUUAUCGCCCUGAACGACAUGAAGGGGCGUAUCACUUUUCCUUCAGCAUGUACUGCCUCAACACAUUGUAUUGUCGGGGCAAUGCCUACAUCCUCGUAAGCAAUGAAUGGACAUUACCGCCCAGUGGUAGUGAGAAUGGGACUACGGCGGCGCCAACCCCAAGUGUGGUGAAAAAUAAACAGAUUAAAUGCCGCGGGACAUGCAACGAAAAGGCGUGGAAAACGUAUCCGAAACCUGCUAUGUGGGAUAAUACACCUGGUGCUGGAUACGCACGGCGUGACGGCCGCGCUGUCGAUGGGAUUCAGGUGGCCUGGAUGAAAAAUUCCAUAGUUAUUACGGUGUACACAAUUAUUGGCAACCUUGGAGUGCGCUUUCCGACCUUUGAACCGCUUAACCCCACGGUGGGAAAGUACUUUGAACCGAAUGAAUUUGAGGGGGUUGUGGCGCCAACUUCGCCAGGUUUUGAGCUAAGUUGCUUGGCCAAUCAGGGUUCUAUUGGCAUGGGCGAGGAUGUAUGGCGGUGGAAGACGCUUGGAAACGGGUCUGGUACUGGAUCUGUCGGGGCAUUAUACAAUAAAGGUACCUCGUGGUAUCAGAAGUUUGGUGGCAAGCACAUUGGCUGUGACACGUUUGUGGAUUCGUGCCUUUAUGCGCCCCUGCUAACGCCUGCGGUACCCAACGUCACUGCUGCGGCGGUUCGGUGGGAGCUUGAGAUUGACGACUGUGAUGCCACCUGGACCGGGACUUUCCCAUACGCCACCCUGGAGAAGCUGAAGAAGUCGGACGGCAGCCCGGUUUGGUAUUUCGUGGGGGACAAGCAAGUGAAGGGCACGAUCCUCUCCGAGGGGGUCCGCGCAAAUUCCUGGAUUGAGCCUGCACGUAGCUUUGAUGCCCAGUAUGAGGCCCAUGAUGUUUUUUUUGAUCUCCAACAAUUUGUUGUGGUGAAGAAGCUAACACCGACGACGCCCUUUUCGAUUGAUUCUGAGUUUUUUGAGUACACCGAAAACGGCGAUCGCGCCUUUGGGGUAAAUCUUCUACUUCACCCCUAUGUCACAGAAGACAUGGAAACGAGCUACGCUGAGGACCGCCACGUCGUUGGGUUUAAAUGGAUUGCCCAAGACUGGAUUGCCCCAAGCGCGGAACAGUGCACUACCUGUAAAGGGAAUAGGUCGCAUUGUAAAGACGAGGAAAAGUAUGGCACGCCGACCUACACAGGUGAGUUUCCGUCAGGGGACUGCCCACCUGGGACAGGCCUGGUUGAACUCCGCAAGGGUCCUGCGAUGGACGUCACGGCGUGUCCGCCUAGCCGGAUGCAUGUUUUCAAUCGCUCUGGAUUUUCAUUGCCUACGGGUUGUGCGACGUGGUAUCAGAACCUUACGAUUCGGGGGGUUUCCCUUGGUAGUGGGGCUCUUCCCGAUGCAUUGCAGCGGACCUUCAGCUAUGAGGGACGUGUGCUAUUGCAGCUGUUGAUGACAGACGGAACGAAACAUGACGUGGCCAUGGAGCUAUCCAUCUAUGUCACCCGUUUGUCGCAAGGCUCGCACGCCGCCGCAGGCCGUUUGAGCGUAUGCCGGGGCUCGGACUACUGGCCUGUGUUGGACCCGCUUGGUGUGUCCCUUCCGGACAGGCCAUUUGAGCUAAGCAGUGCCACUCCUGGUCCACUCUGCAUUGACACACUUAGCUCCACCUUUGGUCCAAGCGGGUGGGCCACCGUGUUUCUGCAAAUCCCCGGCGUGUCCACCUCCCAGGUCAAUGUGCACUCUAUACUCUUGAAGUACAAGAACACCAGUGUCUUUUUGCACUAUCAAGACCCACGCACGGGUGCCGUGCUGAUUCCGCCGCGAACCGUGGGCUACUGGUGGCAGCACACCCAUCCCUUCUUGAGUUUCCGUCAACUAAUUAAUAAAGUAGCGAAUGACACCCUAACAAUUGGCCCCGGCGUAAGUCCCUCGGAGGUAACAGACGUUUCCUUCGCCUUCGCGUUUAUUCCGGGCUCCAUUAACAUCGCCACCGAUGUGGAGAUUCUUUUGACAGCCACAAUAAGCACGGAGGUGGUACGUACAAGCACCUUUUAUCGCACCAUACACGUGGACCCGAUGAUGACGCAGCGGAGCCGCUACGGUCCGCCAAGGAAGGGCGGCAGAGACGAACGGAAUGCGAUUAGGGAAAACGCACUGGAGGUGGGCGCCCUCGCGGCGCUGUCGAUUGCAGUGACCGUCACGGGCGUGGUGUACAUGACGAUGGACAACAAUCGGCCGCUGCCAAAGUGGGUGCCGCGGGGCAAGCUUAUAAAGAACACGGUGCUUGCGGCGGUCCCGGCCGGGCUUCGACCAGCAAAGAAAGCAAAGAAGAUUGUGCACAAGGACAUGUACGACGCCAUGAAGUCGGGCAGGUACUGA